GAAAAUAGUAACAAAAAAAAAAUUGAAGUAAAAGAAAAAUAAGUAAAAAAAUAUAAAAUAAUUGCUGGUGCUAUUGUUAUUAUCGCGUGUCUGCAAUCGUUAGACUCGUGCUAUUACCACGUGGUAGAUUGAGUGAGGAAGGGGAAGAUCAAACGACUCCUCUCAUCGGCUUGAAAAUUAAUUCAGCCGUUUUCACCAGCGUAUUGUGUAAGAUUUCGUCAUCAAAUUUAUGAUCGAUCUACGCUAUCGAGAAUUAGCUAGUGAAUUAUUAGCAGCUGUAUAAAGAAAUAUAAAUAUCUCUGGAUUGUUGAGAGAAGAUACUUGGCAUUUAUAUAUAAAGGUAUGCACACACAAUAAAAUCCGCCAGACGAUUUCCGUUUUACUAACACUGGAAAACAUGGUAUUCUAUACACCAUGGCGGAUUUAAUCUUAGCAAAUUAAUUCCAUUUUCUCGGAACAUCGUGCAUUCUCUCUGUUUCGUCCUUCAUCAGUUCAGUGUAAUAAAAAUUGGUGGUGUUUGGAUUAAACCAACUUGCUUCCAUGUUUAUGAUACAUCUGAAACAAAAGAAAAGUUUAAGCUGCACGUAGUUUUCGUAACAGAAGAUUUUUUGGGUGGCGUGAAGCCUCGUGAAUAAAGUUAGGAUUCAAGCCGACUAAAUGCGAGUUUAAAAUGUUGCGACAGACGUGCGGAGUGAAUCCAUUACUAAUACUCAGCUUGAACAUGCCAUAUCAUUUGAAGUCUUUGGCGGCUGAUAUAAAGAGCGGCGCAUAGGAUAAGUGAACAAGAAGUGGUGGCAUUGAAGAAUCAUCAAGGAAAAAACUUAACUGAUCAAUGGAAUAAUUUACAAGAUCGCGAAAAAAAUUAUAUCCUGGAGAUAAUCAACAGCCUACGUAUGUUGGACUUUAAUGUGAGAAUUGAAAAAAGGAAGAAGCGGUCGUACACCGCGGAGUUGGACCAGUAAAAUAGAGUAACAAACAAAUAUUUUUUUUCGUGACACGUCGUCGGUGGGCUCUUAAGGCCCACCCAUAUCAUUGGUCAAGCUGGCGAGCGCUUUAACCGCUGGGAUGAACCCCCACCAUCCGGGCCACUCAGCAGCUUAUCCUCAUCAUCCCUCGCUGUCGAGUAGUCCGCAUCACCCUGGUGCUGGGGGACCUCAUCACGGAGGAUACACAACGCCUACUGGCAAUUCAAGUGGAGGUGCAGGUGGUGCUAGCAGCGGUGGAGGAAGCAACAGCACAUCUACACCAGACUUGCCUAGUCCUCAUUCACCACCGAGUCAUUCAGGCCAAACUGAUCCCGGUACACCUUACGGUUCCAUGUCAGGUACUCCUGGCAUGGGCACUAAUGGACAUCAUCACGGAAGUGGUGGAAUGAUGGGUGACAAUCCCCAUCAUUCGGUUCAUACACAUCCACAUUUACCAGGCCACCCGGCUUACCCUCCUGUCAAUCAUAACAACAACUGCACCUUGAAGCAAGAAGGCGGACCGCCAGGAUCAACGAGUAUCCAAACUUGUGCGGGCUGCGGUGGUAGGAUAGUAGAAAGAUUUCUGUUGCACGCUUUGGAUCGUUAUUGGCACAACAGUUGUCUCAAGUGUCAUUAUUGCCAGUCACCCCUUGCGGACAUGGGCACAUCGUGCUUCACUAAACAUGGAUUGAUCCUCUGCAAGCAUGACUACACGAGGUUGUAUGGCAAUAGUGGCGCGUGCUCAGGCUGUGGUCAAGUGAUACCGGCGAACGAGUUUGUCACGAGAGCGGGUGGAGCAGUGUUUCACAUCAAAUGUUUUUCGUGCAGUAAAUGCGGUUCAACACUGGUAGCUGGUGACAAAUACUGUCUGCUGUCGGGUUCUCCAGUGUGCGAGUCAGACUGGCAUAAAAUGGUAAAGUCAUCGAGUGUCGCAGCAGCAGCUGCAGCUGUUACUGGAAACGGUGGAGCGCCAGUGCGGAAGGCCAAGGUCGGUCGACCAAGGCGGAGCCGUGAAUGAGGUGGCAACCCGGUCGGUCGUCCGAAGAAGGUUCAACCCACGACGCUUGUCGCGUCACCAGUCGCCCCGUCCUCAUCAUCGGUCCAAGUCUCACCUUCGAGUGUCUUGCAACCGAGUCAAGUUGACGUUGUAGACGUGGGCGUCGGAGGGGAUCCCUAUUCGCCGCCGCCACCGGGUCAUCAGCACUACCAUCAACAGAUGGGACUAGGCCCGCUUGGGUUAACUCAUCAGCAGCCGCAACAUCUCCAGCAACAACCGUCCUACCAGGAGUGGAUACCUUGGGGUGAACCAUGCGGCUGAAUGUUGAACUCUCAAGACAUUCACGUGACAAUCAUCCUUCAGACUAGGAGACUGUCGAACUUUAUGUGUGACGAGAGUGACAGUGAUGAUUAAGGACCAAAGCAUUCUGAGUGAAGCGUGGUUGGAGGUAAUGGUAGGCAAUUACGAGAGAAAAGUUGUGGAACUCUUUGGGAAAUAUAUCAAGAGAUGCCAUAAUUCAAGAUCUCCAAAGUGAUCUUUCAUCAAUGCGGAUUCUAGGAUGUGUUACAGAUUGCUUGUAUGUCUACAGAUUUAGGGGAAAACUGAAAUAAGAUCCCGCCAAUUAUCAAGUGAAUGUCAAAGAGUACUUAUAUAUUUUUACUUGAAGUUUGUGCACGCGAUUAGACAUUGAAAAGCACUUGUGAAAAACUCGAUCAUACAAUAAAAUAAAUUAUAAAUAAAUAAAUAAAUAAAUAAAAUAAAUUAACGAAGAAUACGCGAAAUCUUUGAUCUUGGUUUGUGAGAAAUAGACUUAAAUGGAAGUACCUUCAUAAGAUUGCUCAAUAAAGAGGAUAAUGAUAUCUUCUUAGAAAUGUUUGCUCAUUUUCUUCAUAAAUAAGAUCAAUCUCAUUAAAACAAAAAAUAAUAAACAAGCUCAAGGUUUUCCAUGGCGACACAAUUAACACUGAGUCUUUGUCUCUCGGACUUGAUUGUAAUUUUGAUUGCAACAAGUGGAGAAUAAUUCGAUGCAUGUUAACGAGUAUGAAUAGCCAUCAGGUAGGACCAGGUGCGGAAAUACAAAAUGGCUCGAAUGAUUAUCAUUCCAAAUUAGGAGACCGGCAGGUGGUUGAGACCUUUCUAAAAUCGAGUAUCGUGAAUCGGAAAUAAGGGACAGAAACAACGAAUAAAAGAAAGGACUAAAUAAAAUGUAUUAAAUAAAAUAUAAGGGGAAAGAAGUCAGUGGAAUAAAAAACGAGAAUUGUGGGCUCUUAGAAAAUUAUUUUUCUUUCAAAAUCAUCGGUCCUUUCGCCUCGACAAGCGCCAAGAGGAACGCCUAAGUUCGUUAGACGGCUUUUGUUUCCAACACCCGAGAUUAUGGUUAACGGUUACACUUUUACAGAACCCCAUCAAACUGCUAGAGUCACUGUGUACUUGCAUUCGUUUAUUUUCCCUUGUGAAUAAGAAAUCAUCAUAAGAGAUUCAUCUGCAGCAAAAGUCAGCUUAAACUCUUAAUAUUUCCUUGCCGGUGGUCUCGUUACGCCAACUUCUACUGUGUAACCUUGCCUUUAAUUCAUCACAAUCCAACAUUGACUUUAAUUAUUUUCCGGAUUAUUAUAUGGUCGUUUGAAGUAAUAAAUGGAUAGUAUCUAACAAAUGUACUUGGUAUAUGUUUUCCUUUAAUUGUAUUCAAUGAAGAAGAUACGAAUUGCAAGCAAUAAUUAUUGAUAAUCAAUUUCUUGAAGAUCAGGAUUUCCGCGUGCGAUAUAUAUUUAUUCAGAGUUUUAACAGUCAAUUGAAAUGCAACAAAUACAUAACUAUUAAAAAUGAAAAUGAUCUCGAUAAGAUACAAUGAAAAUACUGUAUCCAUGACACAAAAGGGACUUAAUCAUCGCCACUUAAAUCUAAUCUAAUGAUUUUUUUUCGGUGGAACCUAACGAUGAUAAAGUCCCGAACAAAUACUUAAUUUCUCAGAAGAACAGGGUUACAAUUUACGAUAAAUGUAACAUAAAUGUGUUAUCUUCAUGCGAUACGAUACUAAAUGUACUACUGUGCUUGAAUCUAAUGUCGAUGCGAUUAAAUGAUAUCAAUAUCUGCUGAUAACCAAGUCAGAUCUUUUAUUUAUUAUUUUAAAGAAAUUACAUACUGAUGAUCCAUAAUAUUUAUAAUGAUAAUAAACUGAUUCAAAUCAUUAUCCAUAGCAUCGACAAAUUUUUAAUGCUCAGUAAUGAAUGAAAAAUAUAUAAAUCUUGGAUGUAAAAAAUUUCAUUAUGCAACUAAUUGUUGUAUCUCUUGUUCUGUUCUUUAGCGAACUUUUGUCUCCAAUUGUUCCGCAAAUACUGUUAACAAAUUAUGUAAGAAUAGAGGUGAUGAUAGUCGAAACUCUGAGCUGGCUACUGAAUUAUCAGGUCUCUUUUUAUAGUCAUUAUCACCCGGACAUGACUUGACUGAUCAUAAGAGCUGAUGCCAGACCUGAUUAAGAUGAAGACCUCGAGGAGUGAAUUGAUGAAAGAACAAAGCUAGCUAGCAAGAAUGUGUAAUUUAAACUUGUAUAUAGGUACAUUUUGUAAAUUGUUAAAAAUUUGUGUGAUAUAAAUGGUUAUUUACUAAUGCGGUGAUACCUAAAAAAACGAUUCAUCGGCGGCUAAAUAGCCGGGGUUUAGCCACGAUGACACGAUUAAAUGGUUCAAUGAUUGUCAAGGCAACACCAUAAAUCAAGAAAAGACAAAAAAAACCUUAUUAUCAACAUUAAAAAUAUUUUUUAAUAUCAUAAGCUAUUUGUUGAGUUAAUGAUUUGUUUAAAAAUAUUUACCAUUCUUUUCCAACUAUUUGUUGUAACUUGGCAACAUUGAACAAGGUUCCUGACCGCGCGAUAUCCUCGGAGAAGUCGUUUCGAAUAAAGAUAUUAAUCUAGAAAAAUAAUCAUUAAAAUACUCGAAAUUAUCAUGAAAAUAAAAAAACCAAAUAAUUGAAUAUUAAAUUGAACAUAUUUAUUUGAUGCAUAUUCAAUGAUAACAAUGAUUAAUCUUAUUCGAAACGCCUGAAGAAUGAAAUAUUCUGACCGAUGAUGUUAUGAAUUGUGGAAAAACGCGCACGGUCAAUGAAAAAUCGAUCUAUUCGCGUUUAGUUAAUUUUGUUAUUUGAUUUAUCUCAACUUUUAUGCCGCCUAUUGGAUCUCUAGUCGAUCCUGGGCAAUUGUAAGAUACUAUGGCACAUACGUUUAUUAAUUAAUUAAUAAAAAAAAUACAAGUUUCUAGAAAA